UUUUUCUCCCAACUCUCACCUUCUUCUUUGCCACCGUUUCUUUCUUAGCUUAAAUAUUUCUCUUUUUUUCUCCCUUUGCUUGCUUCUCUUUAUCUCCUCUCCUUCAAGAUGGCAGAUAACAACACCACAACUCAAGACUUUGAUGGUUCCUCUCAGACUACUUCUACUGGUAACAAAUAUGGAGGACUUGCGCCAAAGAAGAAGCCUUUGAUUUCAAAGGAUCAUGAACGUGCUUUCUUUGACUCCGCUGACUGGGCUCUAUGCAAGCAAGGUGCAGGAGUUGAUCAAAAAUCAACAGUGGCUAUAGAAACAUUGCGUCCCAAAUUGCAGAGAACAGCUCAUCAGCAAUUGCCUCCUAGAAGACCUGCUUGUACAUCUUGAUUCACAUGUUGUACCUUCAAAAUGCUGGUUUUGUUAUGUUCUUUAAUUUGAUGGCUAAGUAGAUAUAAUAUGUCACUAUAAAUACAUGUGUUGUUUACUAAGUUCCUUUCUUCAAUAUGGGAUUUGGAUGUAAUCACCAAUAAUUCUUUAAGAACUUUUGUUGCUUAAGCAUUUAUAAAUUACUAUUAUU